CGCACUGCAGCGCCAGCGCGCGAGCGGGCGGCGGUGGACCUAGAGCCGGUCCGGAGCGCCGAGCGGGCGUCGCGCAGGCAGACAGGCCGCGGACCCCGCCGGAUCCCGCCCCGCGUCCAGCCAUGCCGUGCGCGGGCCUCGCCUGAGCAGCGGCGGCCGGGGCCGGGCGGGUUCGGGGCCUCGGGACCGGGCCGGGGCCAUGCUUGCGCUGCCCUGACGAUGCCGCCCGCCGCGCCCGCCCGCCUGGCGCUCGCCUUGGGCCUGGGCCUGUGGCUUGGGGCGCUGGCGGGGGUCCCCGGGCGCGGCUGCGGACCGUGCGCGCCCCCCUGCCUCUGCGGCCCGGCGCCCGGCGCCGCCUGCCUCGUCAACUGCUCAGGCCAUGGACUGAGGACGCUCGGGCCCGCGCUGCGCAUCCCCGCGGACGCCACCUCUCUAGACGUCUCCCACAACCUGCUCCGGUCGCUGGAUGUCGGGCUCCUGGCGAACCUUUCGGCACUGACGGAGCUGGACAUAAGCAACAACAAGAUUUCUACAUUAGAAGAGGGAAUAUUUGCUAAUUUAUUUAAUUUAAGUGAAAUAAACCUGAGCGGCAACCCGCUGGAGUGUGACUGUGGUCUGGCCUGGCUGCCGCGCUGGGCGGAGGAGCAGCGGGUGCGCAUGGUGCGGCCCGAGGCAGCCACGUGCGCUGGGCCUGGCUCCCUGGCCGGCCGGCCCCUCCUUGACAACCCCCUGUUGGACGGCAGCUGUGGUGAGGAGUACGUCGCCUGCGUCCCUGAUGACAGCUCGGGUGCUGUGGAGCUGGUGGCCUUCUCAGCUGCCCACGAGGGCCCGCUGGCCCCUGAGGCCUGCAGCGCCUUCUGCUUUGUGGCCGGCCAGGGCCUCGCGGCCCUCUCAGAGCAGGGCUGGUGCCUGUGUGGGGCGGCCCGGCCUCCCAAUGCCUCUGCGGCCUGCCUGCCCUCCUGCUCCAGCCCCCUGCUGCCUCCUGCCCCCACCUGCCGGGGGCCCACCCUCCUCCGGAACAUCUUCCCUGCCUCCCCUGGGGCUGCCCUGGUGGGGCCCCAAGGACCCCUGGACUCUGGCCAGCCUGCAGCCUUCCACAUCACUGCUUCACUGCCAGUCAGCUCCACGCGCUGGGACUUUGGUGAUGGUUCCCCUGAGAUGGACAUCGCUGGCCUGGACGCCACUCACCGCUAUGUGCUGCCUGGGCGCUAUCCUGUGACAGCCGUGCUGGCCCUGGGGGCUGGCUCUGCUCGGCUGAGGGCGGAGGUGCAGGUGGAGGCGGCUCCCGCAGCCCUGGAGCUCGAGUGUCUGGCCUCCGUGCACAGCAACGAGACCCUGAAGCUCAGUGUCCGAAACCGCGGUGGCUCCGGCCUCGAGGCCGCCUACAGCAUCGUGGCCCUGAGCGAGGAGCCAGCCCGAGUGGUGCAUCCGCUCUGCCCCUCAGACACCGAGAUCUUCCCUGGUAAUGGGCGCUGCUACCGCCUGGUGGUGGAGAAGGCGGCUUGGCUGCAGGCACAGGAGCAGUGCCGGGCCUGGGCCGGGGCCGCCCUGGCCAUGGUGGACAGUCCUGCCGUCCAGCACUUCCUGGUCUCCCGCGUCACCAGGAGCCUGGAUGUGUGGAUCGGCUUCUCGGCUGUAGAGGGGGCGGAGGUGGGCCCAGCACCGCGGGGUGAGGCCUUCAGCCUGGAGAGCUGCCAGAACUGGCUGCCCGGGGAGCCGCACCCCGCCACGGCUGAGCGCUGUGUGCGGCUCGGGCCCGCCGGCCAGUGCAACACGGACCUGUGCUCAGCACCGCACAGCUAUGUCUGUGAGCUGCGGCCCGGAGGCCCUGUGUGGGACGCAGAGAACUUCCUCGUGGGAGCACCCAGUGGGGACCUGCAGGGGCCUCUGAGCCCCCUGACGCAGCAGGAGGCCCUCUCAGACCCCCGGAAGCCCGUUGAGGUGAUGGCGUUUCCUGGCCUGAGCCUGAGCCGUGAAGCCUUCCUCACCACUGCUGAGUUCGGGACCCAGGAGCUCAGCUUGCCCUCCCAGCUGAGGCUGCAGGUGUACCGGGCCACACAAGGAGCAGGAGCCCCAGGAAACAACAGCGAGCCUGAGAGUAGGUUCCUGGAAAACAGGACUGAGCCCACCCCCACGUGCACACCAGAAGGACACCUGUGCCCCAGAUCCAACAUCUGCCUGCCUCUGGAUGCCCCCUGCCACCUUCGGGCCUGUGCCAAUGGAUCCACAUCAGGGCUGGGGCUCCCUGGGGCCUCCUAUGAUUUAUGGAAAGAGUUCCUCUUCUCUGUGCCUGCAGGUCCCCCCGCCCAGUACUCGGUCACCUUCCACAGCCAGGACAGCCCCCUGCUCCCUGGUGACCUCAUCAGCUUGCAGCACGAUGCCGGACCAGGUGCCCUCCUGCGCUGCCCACCGGCACUCGGCCGCCCUGGCUCCGAGGCCCCAUACUUCUCCACCAAUGUCUCGGCCUGGCUGGCCCACCUGCCUGCCCAGCUGGAGGCGGCCCCGACCGGCCCUGCCUGCGCCCUACGCCUGCUUGCUGCCACAGAGCAGCUCACCCCUCUGCUGGGCCUGAGCCCCAACCCAGGGCUCCAGCGGCCGGGGCGCUAUGAAGUCAGGGCCAUGGUGGGCAACAGCGUGUCCAGGCACAGCCUGUCCUGCAGCUUCAAUGUGCUCUCCCCAGUGACUGGGCUUCGGACCAUCUACCCAGCCCCGUACGACGGCCGCUUUUACGUGCCCACCAACGGCUCGGCCUUGGUGCUCCAGGUGGAUUCCGGCGCCAAUGCCACAGCCACGGCACGCUGGCCUGGGGGCAACGUCAGCGCGCCCUUCGAGGCCACCUGCCCCGCGACUGUGGCUGCCUUAGUGCCCGGCUGUGCCCAUGAGGCCAACAGCACCCUGUUCUCAGUGCUGGCACUGCCCGGGCUCCGUGAAGGGGAGCACGAGGUGGAGGUUGUGGUGGAGAAUGGUGUGGGCUGGGCCAACCUCAGCCUGCAGGUGAAGGCAGAGGAGCCCAUCCGCGGUCUCCGCGCCACGCCCAGCCCCGAGGCCCGCGUGCUGCAGGGCGUCCUGGUGAGGUACAGCCCCGUGGUGGAGGCUGGCUCAGACGUGGUCUUCUGCUGGACCAUCGAUGACAAGCAGUCCCUGACCUUCCACAAUGUGGUCUUCAAUGUCAUCUACCAGAGUGCCGCCGUCUUCAAGCUCUCGCUGACGGCCUCCAACCAUGUGAGCAAUGUCACCGUGAACUACAACGUCACUGUGGAGCGGAUGCACAGGAUGCGGGGCCUGCGGGUGUCUGCGGUGCCGCCCGUGCUGCCCCCCAAUGCCACAUUGGCGCUGGCAGCCAGUGUGCUGGUGGACUCGGCCGUGGAGGUGGCCUUUCUGUGGACCUUCGGGGAUGGGGAACAGGUGAUCGGCCAGUUCAAGCCUCCAUACAACGAGUCCUUCCAGGUCCCAGACUCCACAGUGGCCCAGGUGUUGGUGGAGCACAAUACCACACACACCUACACGGUCCCAGGUGAAUACAACCUGACCCUGCUCGUGUCCAAUGCCUUCGAGAACCUGACGCAGCAAGUGCCUGUGAGUGUGCGCACUACCCUGCCCGCCAUAGCUGUGGCUGUGGGCAGCCAGGUCCUGGUAGUUGGCUGGCCUGUCACCUUCUUCCCGCACCCGCUUCCCUCACCUGGGGGUGUCCUGUACACAUGGGACUUCGGGGAUGGCUCCCCAGCUGUAACACAGCCCCAGCCAGAGCUCAACCACACAUUCGCCUCGAGGGGUGCGUACCACAUCCGACUGGAGGUCAAUAACACAGUGAGCAGCACGGUGGCGGGUCUCAGUGUCCGUGUCUUCGAGGAGCUCCGUGGCCUGACCGUGAGCCUGAGCCCAACCGUGGAGCAGGGCGCACCUAUUGUGGUCAGUGCCGCCCUGGAUUCAGGCGACAACGUCACGUGGACUUUUGACAUGGGGGAUGGCACGGUGCUCACGGGCCCUGAGGCCACGGUGGAGCACGUGUACCUGAGGGCGCAGAACUGCACAGUGACUGUGGGCGCAUCCAGCCCUGCUGGCCACCUGGCCCAGAGCCUGCCCGUACAGGUCUUCGUCCUAGAGGUGCUGUGGAUCGACCCUGGAGCCUGCAUCCCCACCCAGCCCCAAGCCCGGCUCACGGCCCACGUCACUGGGGACCCUACCCACUACGUCUUCGACUGGACCUUUGGGGACGGCUCGUCCAACACGACCGUGCGGGGGGAUCCGACGGUGACACACAACUUCACACACAGCGGCACGUUCCCCCUGGCACUGGUGCUGUCGAGCCGAACCAACAAGGCACAUUACUUCAGCAGCGUUUGCGUGGAGCCCGAGGUGGGCAAUGUCACCUUGCGGCCCGAGAGGCAAUUCGUGCGGCUUGGGGACAUGGCCCGACUGGGCACCCGCACAUGGCCCCCAUUUCCCUACCGCUACACCUGGGACUUUGGCACUGAGGAUGCCGCCACCUGCAUCGGGGGCCCUGAGGCCACAUUUACCUACCGGGACUCGGGUUCCUACCUGGUGACAGUCACUGUGUCCAACAACAUCUCUGCCGCCAAUGACUCUGCGCUCGUGGAGGUGCAGGAGCCCGUGGAUCUCACAGGCAUCGUGGUCAACGGCUCCCACGUGCUGGAGCUGCAGCGGCCGUACCUGUUCUCUGUUGUGGGACGUGGGCACCCCGCCACCUACCUGUGGGAGCUGGGGGAUGGUGGGCGGCUCCAGGGCCCCACUGUCACCCAUGCCUACAGCAGCACAGGCUGCUUCCCCGUCAGGGUGUCCGGCUGGAAUGAGGUGAGCCGUGGGGAGGCCCGGCUGAAUGUCACGGUGCAGCGGCGCGUGCAGGGGCUCAGUGUCAAUGCCAGCCGCACGGUGGUGCCCCUGAACGGCAGCGUGAGCUUCAGUACCUUGCUGGAGGUGGGUAGUGAUGUGCGCUACUCCUGGGUCCUGUGUGAUCGCUGCACGCCCAUCCCCGGGGGCCCCACCAUCUCCUACACCUUCCGCUCUGUUGGCACCUUCAACAUCAUCGUCACUGCCGAGAACGAGGUGGGCGCUGCCCAGGACAGCAUCUUCAUCUAUGUCCUGCAGCACAUCGAAGGGCUGCAGGUAGUGGGCGGUGGCGGCGGCUGCUGCUUCCCCACCAACCGCACGCUGCAGCUGCAGGCCGCAGUCAGGGACGGCACCAACAUCUCCUACAGCUGGGCUGCUCAGCGGUACGGCGGCCCGGCCCUGGCUGGCAGUGGCAAAGCCUUCUCGCUCACCGUGCUCGAGGCCGGCACCUACCACGUCCAGCUGCGGGCCACCAACAUGCUGGGCAGCGCCUCGGCCAACCGCACCGUGGACUUUGUGGAGCCUGUAGGGGGGCUGGCUGCUGCCGCCUCCCCAAACCCGGUUGCUGUCAACGCAAGUGUCACCUUCCAUGCUGAGCUGGCUGGUGGCAGCGGCGUCACCUAUACCUGGUCCCUGGAGGAAGGGCUGAGCUGGGAGACCCCAGAGCCAUCUACCACCCAUGCCUUUCCCAGCCCUGGCCUGCAGCUGGUCACAGUCACGGCCAAGAAUCAGCUGGGCUCAGCUAACACCAGUGUUGAAGUGGCUGUGCAGGUGCCCGUGAGUGGCCUCAGCAUCAGGGCCGGUGAACUGGACUGCAGCUUUGUGGUGGCCGGUUCCACCGUGACCUUCUGGGGGCAGCUGGCCUUGGGCACCAACGUGAGCUGGUGCUGGGCCGUGCCAGGUGGCAGCAGGCAUGGCCAGCACAUCACCGUAGUCCUCCCAGACACCGGCACCUUCUCCGUUCAGCUCAACGCCUCCAACGCGGUCAGCUGGGUCGUGGCCACACACAACCUCACGGUGGAGGAGCCCAUCGUGGGCCUGGUGCUGUGGGCCAGCAGGAAGGUGGUGGAGCCCGGGCAGCUGGUCCACUUUCAGAUACUUCUGGCCGCCGGCUCGGCCAUCAGCUUCCACCUGCAGGUCAGCGGAGCUGGCCUUGAGGCGCUCCCUGGGCCCCACUUCUCUCGCAGCUUCCCGCGGGUUGGGGACUACAUGGUGAGCAUCCAGGCUGAAAACCACGUGAGCCGGGCUCAGGUGCAGGUUCGUGUCUUAGUGCUGGAGGCCGUGGGUGGGCUCCAGGUGCCCAACUGCUGUGAGCCGGCCAUCGCCACGGGCACCGAGAGGAACUUCACGGCCCGGGUGCAGCGGGGCUCCCGCGUCGCCUACGCGUGGUACUUCUCACUGCAGAAGGUCCAGGGGGACUCACUGGUUAUCCUGUCAGGUCGCGAUGUCACCUAUACCCCUGUGGCCGCGGGGCUGCUGGAGAUCCACGUGCGAGCCUUCAACGAGCUGGGCGGCGUGAACCGCACGCUCGUGGUUGAGGUACAGGACGUCAUUCAGCACGUGGCUCUGCGCAGCGGCCGCUGCUUUACCAACCGCUCGGCCCGCUUUGAGGCUGCCACGAGCCCCAGCCCCCGGCGCGUGGCCUAUCACUGGGACUUUGGGGACGGGGCCCUGGCAGAGGACACGGAUGUGCCCUGGGUGGCUCAUUCCUAUCUGCAGCCUGGGGACUACCAUGUGGAGGUGAAUGCCUCCAAUCUGGUGAGCUUCUUUGUGGCACAGGCCACGGUCACCGUCCACGUGCUGGCCUGCAGGGAGCCUGAGGUGGAUGUGGCCCUGCCCCCGCAGGUGCUCAUGCGGCGCUCUCAGCGCAACUACCUGGAGGCCCACGUCGACCUGCGCGAUUGCAUCACGUACCAGACUGAGUACCGCUGGGAGGUGUAUCGUGUCAGCAGCUGCCAGCGGCCUGGGCGCAUGGCCCAGGUGACCCUGCCUGGUGUGGAUGUGAGCCGGCCCCAGCUGGUGGUGCCACGGCUGGCGCUGCCCGUGGGCCAGUAUUGUUUUGUGUUUGUGGUGUCGUUUGGGGACACACCGCUGGCACGGAGCAUCCAGGCCAACGUGACAGUGGCCCCUGAGCGCCUGGUGCCCAUCGUCGAGGGCGGCUCCUACCGCGUGUGGUCAGACUCUCAGGACCUGGUGCUGGAUGGGAGCAAGUCCUACGACCCCAACCUGGAGGACGGUGACCAGACGCCGCUCAGCUUCCACUGGGCCUGUGUGGCCUCGACGCAGAGUGAGACUGGCGGGUGUGUGCUGAACUUCGGGCCCCGUGGGAGCAGCGUGGUCACCAUCCCUCGGGAGCGCCUACAAGCUGGCGUGGAGUACACCUUCAACCUGACUGUGUGGAAGGCGGGCCGCAAGGAGGAGGUCACCAACCAGACGGUGCUGAUCCGGAGUGGCCAGGUGCCCAUCGUGUCCUUGGAGUGCGUGUCCUGCAAGGCGCAGGCGGUGUACACAGUGAGCCGCAGCUCCUACGUGUACCUGGAGGGCCGCUGUGACAACUGCGGUGGGGGCUUUGAGCGCGGGCGCUGGGCUGCACGCAGCUUCAGCAACGAGACACUGGUGCUGGACGAGACAACCACGUCCACGGGGGGUGCGGGCAUGCGGCUGGUGGUGCGGCGUGGCGUGCUGCGGGACGGCGAGGGCUACACGUUCACGCUUACGGUGCUGGGCCGCUCGGGUCAGGAGCAGGGCUGCGCCUCCAUCCGCCUGGCCCCCAACCGCCCUCCUCUGGGAGGCUCCUGCCGCCUCUUCCCGCUUGAGGCCGUACGCGCCCUCACCACCAAGGUGCACUUUGAGUGUGCAGGCUGGCAGGACGCAGAGGACGCAGGUGCUCCACUGGUGUACGCCCUGCUGCUGCGGCGCUGUCGCCAGGGCCACUGUGAGGAAUUCUGUGUCUACAAGGGCAGCCUCUCCGCCUAUGGGGCCGUGCUGCCGCCCGGCUUUGCGCCCCACUUUGUGGUGGGCCUGGCUGUGGUUGUGCAGGACCAGCUGGGUGCUGCCGUGGUCGCCCUCAACAGGUCUCUGGCCAUCACCCUGCCAGAGCCCCCCAGGGACCUGCCCGACAGCCCCCCGGACCUCACCCACUGGCUGUACAGCCUCACAGAGAGCACGCUGCCCGGGCUGCUGCGCCAGGCUGAUCCCCAGCACGUCAUCGAGUACUCGCUGGCCCUCAUUGCCGUGCUCAAUGAGUAUGAGCAGGCCCUGGCCGUGGCGGCAGAGCCGGACGCCAGGCAGCAGCUACGUGCCCAGAUACGCAAGAACAUCACGGAGACCCUGGUCUCCCUGCGGGUCAACACUGUGGAUGACAUCCAGCAGGUCGCGGCCGCCCUGGCCCAGUGCACGGUAUCCAGCCGGGAGCUCGUAUGCCACUCGUGCCUGAAGAAGACGCUGCACAAGCUGGAGGGCAUGGUGCGCAUUCUGCAGGCAGAGACUGCCGCGGGUACGGGGACACCCACGGCCAUCGCCGACAGCAUCCUCAACAUCACAGGCGACCUCAUCCACCUGGCCAGCUCGGACGUGCAGGGCCCGCAGCCCUCAGAGUUGGGGGCCGAGCCGCCAUCGCUUCUGGUGGCGUCCAGAGCCUACCAGCUCUCGUCGGCCCUCAUGGGCAUCCUCAUGCGCUCCCGUGUGCUCAACGAGGAGCCCCUGACCCUGGCGGGUGAGGAGAUUGUGGCGCAGGGCAAGCGCUCGGACCCGCUGAGCCUGCUGUGCCAGGGCGAUGCCUCGGGCCCCGGCUGCCACUUCUCCAUCCCUGCAGCCUUCAGCGGGGCCCUGUCCAACCUCAGCGAUGUGGUACAGCUCAUCCUCCUCAUCGACUCCAACCCCUUCCCCUUUGGCUACAUCAGCAACUACACAGUCUCCACCAAGGUGGCAUCCAUGGCCUUCCAGACACAGGCCGGAGCCCAGAUCCCUAUCAGGCAGCUGGCUUCGGAGCGCGCUAUCACCGUGAAGGUGCCCAACAACUCAGACCAGGCUGCCCAAGGCCCCCGCGUCCCUGCCGGCUCUGCCACUGUCCAGCCCCAGGCCUCGGUCAGCGUCGUGGUCACCCCCGAGAACAGCAACCCCGAGGCCGGGCUGCACCUGCAGCUCACCUUCACGGUGCUGAAUGAGCACUACCUGCCGGAGGAGCCUGAGCCCUACCUGGCCGCCUACCUGCACUCGCUGCCCCAGCCCAACGAGCACAACUGCUCUGCCAGCAGGAGGAUCAGCCUGGAGACCCUGGUGGGGGCCGACCACAGGCCCUACACCUUUUUCAUCGCCCCGGGGACCAGAGAUCUGGGCGCGAGCUACUACCUGAACCUGACCAGCCACUUCCGCUGGUCAGCACUGGAGGUGUCCGUGGGUCUGUACACAUCCCUCUGCCAGUACUUCAGCGAGAAGGAGAUGGCCUGGAGGACAGAGGGGCUCGUGCCCCUGGAGGAGACCUCACCCAGCCAGGCGGUCUGCCUCACCCGCCACCUCACUGCCUUUGGUGCCAGUCUCUUUGUGCCUCCCAGCCACGUCCACUUCAUCUUCCCUGAGCCGGCCUCAGGCGUGAACUACAUCGUCCUGCUGACGUGCACCGUGUGUCUGGUGACCUACGCGGUCAUGGCCAUGAUCCUGCGUAAGCUGGACCAGCUGGAUGUCAGCCGGGUCCGUGUCAUCCCAUUCUGCGGGAAGGGGGGCCGCUUCAAGUAUGAGAUCCUGGUCAAGACCGGCUGGGGCCGGGGCUCAGGGACCACAGCUCAUGUGGGCAUCAUGCUGUAUGGGGCAGACAGCCGCAGCGGCCACCGGCACCUGGAUGGGGAUGGAGCCUUCCACCGCAACAGCCUGGACGUCUUCCAGAUCGCCACCCCACACAGCCUGGGCAGCGUGUGGAAGAUUCGCGUGUGGCAUGACAACAAAGGGCUGAGCCCUGCCUGGUUCCUGCAGCACGUCAUCGUCAGGGACCUGCAGAGUGCUCGCAGCACCUUCUUCCUGGUCAACGACUGGCUGUCGGUGGAGACGGAGGCCAAUGGGGGUCUGGUGGAGAAGGAGGUGCUGGCAGCAAGUGACGUGGCCCUGUGGCGGUUCCGGCGCCUCCUGGUGGCUGAGCUGCAGCGUGGCUUCUUUGACAAGCAUGUCUGGCUCUCCAUGUGGGACCGGCCACCUCGGAGCCGCUUCACACGUGUCCAGCGGGCCACUUGCUGCGUCCUCCUCAUCUGCCUCUUCCUGGGUGCCAACGCCGUGUGGUACGGGGCCGUGGGAGAUGCUGCCUACAGCAUGGGGCCCAUGUCCAGUCUCAUCCCUUUGAGCGUCGACACCAUCGCCGUUGGCCUGGUGUCCAGCCUGGUUGUCUACCCCGUCUACCUGGCCAUCCUGUUCCUCUUCCGGAUGUCCCGGAGCAAGGUGGCCGGGGGCCAGAGCCCCACCCCCGUGGGGCCGCAGGCACUGGACAUGGACAGCUGCCUCGACUCGUCUGUGCUAGACAGCUCCAUGCUUGCUUUCCCAGGACUCGGCACUGAGGUGGGGGCUUCCUGGGGGCUGCCCAGUUUGGGCCAUGUUCUGGGCAGCCUGGAGUCAGGUUUUCUCUGCGCUUCUCAACAGGCCUUUGCUGGACAAAUGAAACACGACUUAUUUUUGGAGGAUUCUAAAAGCCUGGUGUGCUGGCCGUCCAGCGAAGGCACCCUCAGUUGGCCAGACUUGCUGAGUGACCCGUCUGUCAUGGGCAGUGCCCUGCAGCGGCUUGCCCGGGGCCAGAUGGGCCGCAUGCCAGGCCCAGAGGAGGACAGUCUCUCCCUGGUCAGCCCCUCCUCACCCGCCAAAUACUUCUCAGCUUCAGAUGAAGACCUGAUCCGGCAGAUCCUGGCUGAAGGGGCUGGCAGCUUGGCCCCCACCCAGGACACUCAAGGAGAAACGGACCUGCUCGCUGGCCUGUGCAGCACCCCUGGUGAGAGGACUCAGACGCUGAUGCUGCCAAGGCCGGGGGAGAGGGGGCUGCCCAGCCCAGGCCUGAUGUGGGAGCAGCCCCAGCCGGCAAAGCUCUCCAGGACAGGGCUGGUGGAGGGUCUCCGGAAGCGACUGCUGCCAGCCUGGUGUGCACCCCUGGCCCAUGGGCUCAGCCUGCUCCUGGUGGCUGUGGCCGUGGGGGUGUCAGGGUGGGUCGGCGCCGGCUUCCCCCCCACCGUGUCUGUCAUGUGGCUCCUCUCAAGCAGCUCCAGCUUCCUGGCCUCAUUCCUCUGCUGGGAGCCGCUCAAGGUCCUGCUGGAAGCUCUGUACUUCUCACUGGUGGCCAAGCGGCUGCACCCCGAUGAAGAUGACACCCUGGUGGAAAGCCCGGCCGUGACACCUGUGAGUGAGCGUGUGCCCCGGGUGCGGCCACCCCACGGCUUCGCGCUCUUCCUGGCAAAGGAGGAAGCCCGAAAGGUCAAGAGGCUGCACAGGAUGCUGCGGGGCCUUCUGGUAUACAUGUUCUUCCUGCUGGUGACGCUGCUAGCCAACUAUGGGGACACCUCAUGCCACAACCAUGCCUACCGCCUGCAGAAUGCCAUCAAGCAGGAGCUGGACAGCCAGGCCUUCCUGGCCAUCACCCGGUCUGAUGAGUUCUGGCCGUGGAUGUCCCACGUGUUGCUCCCCUACAUCCAUGGGAACCAGUCCAGACCAGAGCUGGGGCCCCCACGGCUGCGGCAGGUGCGGCUGCAGGAAGCGCUCUGCCCAGACCUGCCCGGCUCAGGGGCCCCCACGUGCUCAGCAGCUUCUGGAGGCUUCAGCACUGGCGACUACGGCAUUGGCUGGGGGACUGCUGCCCACAACAGCUCUGAGAUGUGGGCCUACUCGGCACCAGAUCUGUUGGGCGUCUGGUACUGGGGUUCCUGCGCCGUGUACGACAGCGGGGGCUACGUGCAGGAGCUGGGAUCCAGCCUAGAGGAGAGCCGUGCACAGCUGGGCUUCCUGCAGCUGCACAACUGGAUAGACAACAGGAGCCGCGCCGUGUUCGUGGAGCUCACACGCUACAGCCCAGCUGUGGGGCUGCACGCCGCCAUCACGCUGUGCCUGGAGUUCCCGGCUGCCGGACAGGCGGUGGCCGCGCUCAGCGUCCGCCCGUUCGCGCUGCGGCGCCUCAGUGCCGGCCUCUCGCUGCCCCUCCUCACCUCGGUGAGCCUGCUGCUGUUCGCCGUGUACUUCUCGGCGGCAGAAGUGCGCGCCUGGCGCAGGGAGGGGCGUGCGCGUGCCACACGGCCUGGGACCUGGGCGCGGUGGCUGCUGGUGGCGCUGACGGCGGCCGCAGCGCUGGUGCGCCUGGCCCAGCUGGGCGCCGCUGACCGCCAGUGGACCCGCUUCCUGCGCGGCCGGCCGCGCCGCUUCACCAGCUUUGAGCAGGUGGCACAGCUGAGCGCCGCGGCCCGUGGCCUGACCGCCUCGCUGCUCUUCCUGCUCUUGGUCAAGGCGGCCCAGCAGCUGCGCUUUGUGCGCCAGUGGUCGGUUUUUGGCAAGACGCUGUGCCGGGCCCUGCCGGAACUCGUGGGGGUGGCCCUAGGCCUGGUGGUGCUUGCUGUGGCCUACACACAGCUGGCUGUCCUGUUGGUCUCCUCCUGUGUGGACUCGCUUUGGAGCGCCGCCCGAGCCCUCCUGGUGUUGUGCCCCGGGGCUGGGGGUCCUGCCCUGUGCCCUGCGGAGUCCUGGCGUCUGUCCCCCAUGCUGUGCACAGGGCUCUGGGCCCUGCGGCUGUGGGGUGCCCUGAGGCUGGGGGCAGUCCUCCUGCGGUGGCGGUACCACGCACUGCGUGGGGAGCUGUACCGCCCAGCCUGGGAGCCACAGGACUACGAGAUGGUGGAACUGUUCGUGCGCCGGCUGCGCCUCUGGAUGGGCUUCAGCAAGGUCAAGGAGUUCCGCCACAAAGUCCGCUUUGAAGGGAUGGAGCCCCUGCCCUCCCGCUCAUCCAGAGGCUCCAAGUCUUCUCCAGAUGUGCCCCCAGCCAGUGGAGGUUCCGACACCUCUCGCCCCUCCACCUCCUCCAGCCAGCUGGAUGGGCUGAGCGUGGGCCUGGGCCGGCCAGGGCCCAGAGGGGAGCCCGAGCCUGAGCCCUCCCGUCUCCAAGCCGUGUUUGAGGCUCUACUCGCCCAGUUUGACCGACUCAACCAGGCCACAGAGGACGUCUACCAGCUGGAGCGGCGGCUACAGAGCCUGCAUGGCCGCAGGAGCAGUGGGCCCCCAACCUCGCCCCUCCCUGGCCCCUCCCCAGGCCCGCGGCCAGUCCUGCCCAGCCGCCUUGCCCGGGCCAGUCGAGGCAUUGGCCUGGCUACAGGCCCCAGCAGGGCAUCCCUGCAGGCCAAGAACAAGAUCCACCCCAGCAGCACUUAGCCCCAGAGUAUCUGGGCUCAUGCCUCUUCCCUGGGGUGGGCCUGUGGCUUCACUCUGGCCCCUUGGAGCCAGAGCAGACACCGCUCAGUAUUAUUAUCUUCUGCCACCCUCGAGGUUUUGGGCCAGGCAGAACAGCUGCACGCAGGUUCCCCAGAGAGCAGGCAGCACUUGUCUCUUUGUGGGCUUCAGCACUUUAAAGAGGCCACGUGGCCAGCUAGGACCCAGGGUCCCCUCCCCAGUUCCCUGUGGGAGGACACAGCAGUAUUGGACUGAGUGCCCGGCCUCUGAGAUGCUAAUUUAUUUCCCAAGUCCUCAGGUACAGCGGGCUGUGCCCGGCCCCACCUCCUGGGCAGACAUCUCCCCCUUGCUAAGGAUCCAGGCUACGGGGAGGGACCCUGCACCUCCUGUCAUCCUCCCCCUAAAUUAUUACCUCCUGUCCCCCUGCUGAGUGCACUCACCUCCAGCUACCGCUGUGUGUCUAUUGUCAGUAAUUUAUGUGGGGUUAAAAUGUGUAUAUUUUUGUACGUCGCUUUAUUUUUCAAUAGGGCCAAGGGGCCUGGUGGCUGAAAUAGCCUAUGCCCGUUGUCACCUACGUUGAGGGGGAGCUGGGACCGCAGAGCUGGCCUCCCACCCCAGACACCUGCCCACGUGGCUGGGGAAGCAAUAGCCACUUCUUGGAUCCAAGCCUGGCCUUGGGCAGGUGCUGGGCAGAAAGGGCUGUUGGAGGGACACAACCAACCCAGGCCAUUCUCGUCACCACCGUGGCCUUAUUUUCCUGCCCUGCCCAGGCCUGCUGGUGUCGGGUCUGGGUGAGGGGCAGUACCAGUGUAUGGCAUAGAACCCUAGGGUGGGUAGGGGGAAAAGACCUCUGCUUGGGGGCUGGCUCCCAGGCCGGGGAAGGUGAGCGUGACAGUGCACGUGUGAGGCUUUCCUGAGGGGGAGGCCCCAACAGCAGCCUGACAGGCCCCCUCCCUACUCCAGUGGGCAUGGCCGAAGCUACAGCCUUGAUCCCAGCCUACCCGCCAACAGACGACGUCAAAUAAAUGAGUUGACUGACUGAC